CCGGAGAGCAGGACUGUGUGGGCCAACCCACUGCGCCACCGCGCCACCGCACCUCUGCUCCCUUAAACACCAUAGACCCAAUCAGCUGUUGAGUUGUUUCAUACGUCACUAUUCAGGAAGUGUGCGUGUUUGGACGACGCUGCUGGCGGGAGAAAUUGAGUGUGUGGAUGGCGGCUAACUGCGUUGACUAAAGGUCAGGUCUUUUUGCUAGCAAAACCAGAACCCAUCAAAUAUGAAGGCUGACACUGAAAAGUUGCUGUCUCUGUUAAAGAGAGAGGGCACGCAAGACCUACAGCAGUAUCUCGCUACAGUGGCAGACGAUAAACUGACUGUCCUUGUCACACACACUGCCUUGAAGGGGAAGGACAUAGGCCAUGUGAUGAAAGCUAUAUUUAAAGGCUCACCAGUCUGUACCCAGGAGGGUGCUGAUCGAAGACUGCUUCUGUACAAACAUUGCAUCCCACUUUGUGAAUCUGGGGACAUUUCUGUUGAAGUUGUGUCAGACAUUAUUGGACUACUUAUGCUGGAGGUGCCAUAUCUCAAUGGUCCCUCACUAGUGCAGCUAGCUUCCCUUAUUGUAGAAGCGAUCAAGACUGGCAAAAUGAACAGUGGCAAAUCCUUGGAGCUCUUUCCCACCAUCCUCACUGCAUUAUCUGCCACUGAGACAGUGGCCUAUGGAAAAGGAGAGAUAAGUGGGAAUGAAUAUAAAAAACAGCUCAUCAACAGUCUCUGUUCUACUAGAUGGGAUCCCCAGUGCAUUAUUCACCUCACCACGAUGUUCAGAGAUGUUCCACUGUCCAUGGAAGAACUACAGUUUGUAGCAGAAAAAGUGUUAAGGAUGUUCACCAAACUGGACUUGCAGGAGAUUCCACCUCUGGUGUAUCAGCUUUUGCUGCUCUCCACCAAGGGAUGUAAGAAGACAAUACUGGAAGGUAUUGUCAAAUACUUUAAUGAGCAGGACAAGCGUCAGAAGAAGGAACAGAGAGACAGCGAGAGUGUAGAUGUGGAGGUUCAGUCCAUUCCACAGGAUCAGCUACGUCAUGUGGAGGGAACCACAAUCCUGCACAUUGUGUUUGCUGUGCGGCUGGACCAUGAGCUGGGCCGGGAGCUUUUCAAGAACCUCAAGGCAGGCCAAGGGGAACUUGGAGAACUGUGCCCUUUCAACAUUGCCCUGCUGCUUUCAGUUGCCAGGAUUCAGCGAUAUGAGGAGCAGGCCUUUGCCUUCCUGAAGAUGGCAAUUUUAAAGAGCUUCAAAGAUGAGCAAGUCCAAAUGAGCUCCAAGUUUGUUCAGGAUCUCAUGCCCCCACAGCUGGGUGUGGCAGAGGCCAUUUUAGAUACUGUCAAAAAUAGUGUGUUUGGUUGGGACCACGUCACACAGGGUAUUCUGCAGUUAGGAUUUAUCCUCAUGGAUUCCUUUGGACCAAAGCCAGGACCCUUUGGGAAAGCAAUAGAAGCUCCAAAUGGUUUGGGGCGGAACCCUACCCAGCAGGCCUGCCAGCUGGGUGCCCGUCUUCUCUUGGAGGGCUUCAAGAUCCAUGAGCCGAUCAGAAGUGAAAUUCUGGAGCAAGUUUUGAACCGACUGGUUACAAAAACAGCCACCCCAGUUACUCAUUUUAUUGAGCUGUUUUCAGACAUUGUGGUCUCUGCUCCCAUGAUCCUAUUGGAGUCAUCCUCCAAAGUUAUGGAAACCUUUGACAACUUGUCAUACCUACCUCUCAGCACUGUGCAGGGGCUUCUCAAGGCUGUGCAGCCUUUAUUGAGAGUCAGCAUGAACAUGAAAGACAGCCUGAUUUUGGUGCUUAGGAAGGCAAUGUUUUCCAGCCAGCUGGAGGCAAGGAAGGCAGCUGUGGCUGGGUUUCUGCUGCUGCUCAAGAAUUUUAAGGUCCUGGGCAGCCUGGCCUGUAGCCAAUCCAGUCAGUGUUUGUCCUCUAGUCAGAUCCAGGUGGAUGUUCACUCACGCUAUAGUUCAGCAGCAAAUGAGGCCUUCUGUCUGGAGAUUCUGGGCAGCCUGCGACGCUGUCUCAGCCAACAGGCAGAUGUGCGAUUGAUGCUGUAUGAAGGCUUCCAUGAUGUACUCCGCCGGAACUCCCAGUUGUCCAGCUCUGUUUUGCAGACACUACUGUCACAGUUAAGACGUUACUAUGAACCCGAACCAGAUCUGCUGCCUCCCUUAAAGCUAGAGAAGUGCAUCGGUGCCCAAGGAGAAAGCAUCUUCCUACUGGAGCCACUGGCUCACCUGCUAAGCUGUUCGGCCCACUGUCUGCUGUGGCACCAGGGCCGAUCCAUGCCGGAUGCCGAAGAUGAUGAUGAUGAUGAGGACGAGGAGGGUGGGGUCAAGGAGGAGCUACAAGGCAUACUACAGAGUGUCACAAAGCGCAUGAUCAAGAGCGAGCUGGAGGAUUUUGAGCUGGACAAGUCAGCUGACUUCUCCCUGUCAUCUACUGUUGGUACAAAGAACAGCAUCUACGGUGCACUAGUAAUGGGAGUGUAUGAAGUUCUCAUGGAGUAUACCUUCAUCUGUGCCAACUACAGUAAAAGCCGCCUGGAGGAGAUGCUAGAGCUCUUCAGUCGCUACCACCACCUGUCUGAAAUGCUCAAAGACAAGUGUGGCAAGUCCAAGGUUCCCUCCAACAAGUCAGUCCGUAGUCUUCUUUCACUGGGCUUUGUGACCACACUGCUCAGGGCUCUCUUCAGAGAUGCCACGCAGAGUCGCAAGGAAAGUCUGUCCCUGCUGCAUUCCAACUCUGAAUUUUUAAGCUAUGCAGUCAAUACUGCACUGCAGAAAGUCCAGCAACUGGAGGAGACCGGGCAGACAGAUGGUCCAGAGGGACAGAACACAGACAAGGUGUUCAGUCACCUUUGUAACAUCACUAGUGUGCUCAUGUGGAAGUAUACUCACAUUCCACCUGCAACUGAGGAUACAGGCAAGAAGGAGAGGGGCAAGGGCAUCUCUCUGCUCUGCUUAGAAGGGGUGUUACGGAGCUUCCGUACUGUAUUGCAACGCUAUCCAGCCCAGCUUGCUAACUUCCUAUGUUCUAUGGCUUCAGAAGAACAGGAUCAACAUGAAGAGCAAAGGACUAACAUUUCAGAGAUGAUCGAUUUCUACAUUCGACAGUUCCAGAGAGCCCUGGUUGGUCUGCUGAGUGGUGAGGAGGAAGACUUCAACAGCAAAGAGGCCCAGCUUCUACUCAGUAUUCUGGGUGUGCUUUCUCGCCAGUUGGAGCCAUCUUCCAGCCAGUUUGAGCAGAUGAUUACAUGGACUGUCAAAAUCUGCAAGGAGAGCAGUUUUGAGGAUGUACCGUUCUGCCGGGGAAUGCUCUCCUUAAUGUUUAGCCUCCAUGCACUGUACAAGAGCCCAGUCACAGUGCUAUGGGAACUGUCCCAGGAUAUUCACAGUCAGCUCGGUGAUAUCGAUCAGGACAUGGAGGUGGAGAAGCAGUCUCAUUUUGCCAUAGUCAGUGCAAAGACAGCUGCUCCCACAGCUCUUUUGGUCCUGGCCCAGGUUGGGCGCAUCCUGGAUGAAGUUGACUGGCUAAUUACCAAAAAGAGAUUCGAGCCAGGCAGUGACAGAGACCACUCCAUGACAUGUCUGUUAGGUGACUCCACAUUGGCUGCUGGGCACCAGGACCCUGUGGAGAAGGCAGUGACUCUGCAGCUGGGCAAUUUGGUAACAGCACUGAAUGAGCUGGUGCAGGCGGCCUUAUCUCCUGGACCGUGUACUGAUACGCUACUCAAGGAGCUGGCUCGGACCUACACCCUGCUAUCCACCCUCACCAAAUAUUAUAUCCAACAGUGUUCCAACCAGUCCCGCCCAUUGCCUACCCGCUUUGAGAAACUGGUGAAGCUGUCUGGGUCUCACCUGACACCACAGUGCUACUCCUUCAUUACCUAUGUGCAGAGUGGUGAAGUGAGCAAUGGGACAGGAGACAAGAAAAGCAAAAAGGAAGAGGCCCUGGCUACUGCCUCGGCUAAAGUACUCAGAGAGACCAAGGCAAUCCCUAACCUCAUCUUCAGUAUUGAACAGUAUGAGAAAUUCUUAAUUCUGCUGUCUAAGAAAUCCAAGGUGAAUCUGAUGCAAUACAUGAAGCUGAGCACGUCCAGAGACUUCCGCAUCAAUGCAGCCUUGCUGGAAACAGCCUUGCAAGAGGACAGUCAGGAGACUGAAGUGCCCCAGAUCCCAGAGGAAAGCCAGGAGCCCAAGAAAAAGAGGAGGAAGAAAUAAAGGCACAACCUGAC